AGCUUUUACUGUCCCUUCGGCGUCAAUUUCCGCUCAGAUAUUCGCGAUGCGGUUCGCCAUCGCGCUCUUCUGCCUCGAAUUGACAGCGCGCUGCAGCCUCGGAACUUUAGAGCACGGAAAGACCGCCCCCCAGGAACCAGUGCUGAUAAAUUUUCGUCGAGUGGCAAACACCUCGCGAGAAAUCGCCCCCGUUUAUCUUCCCCCCAAACCAGUGGGCGACCCUUUGCUCCCGGAAGUCGUCGAUAAUCGGGCUUUGGCCACGCCACCGGUCAUUAUCGACAGUGUGACCAGCAUCGAUUUGAGCACGACUUGGCCAACGACGAGAACCGAUCUUCAGACACCACGGGAAGACGUUGCCAGAGAAGGGCGCUACUUUUUGCAUCCUUACGCUGGUAGGAUCGGUCAGAGAUCGAACUUUAAGAGUACCCUGAAGCUCGGCGCUGGCGCAAGGAUUUCGGAGGCGAUAAAGGUGAACGACAUGUCCUGCCACUAUUCGGGCCAGGACUUGUACUUUCGGGCGUCUUUGACCGCACUCAAGGAUACCGAUCAUCCUCUGAUAGACGCUAUCAGUAACGAUGUCUGCAAGAUCGUUAAGGUCAAGGGUGAAUAUCGGCUCAGGUUUGAGAAGGAGAAUUUCUGGAACUGUGGCGUAACCGACUGCUCGACCGAUUUGGGAACCUUCUUUUGCUUGACCGUUCGCUUUCCAACGAUCUCUGGGCUCAGGUUGAAGGACGACACUACGAUCACCCUCCAGUGCAAGACUCAGGAUAAAACCGCCUCGCACACAACGCAGAUCAACGUCAAGACCUUGAACACAGCUGCGAGAAUGGCGCCGAGAGUUGCUGCCGGGGGUCUGAAGAAUGCAUUCCAGACCGACAUCGGUUUGUUUCGGAAAUCCUACAACUCCGAGAACGUUUUCGACGUCAAGAUACUGCCUGGUGGAACUGUGGUUCUUGGGGAAGAAAUCCUGCUGCGAGCUUUGGUCAGGGAUGGUGACGGGUGGAAAUACUCGAGGAUCGGCGAGGUUAGCGUUCAGUACAUCGAGGCGCGUCAGCAGCAGAGAGUGAUGAACAGUUUGUGGAUCCUGGAUGCUGAGGGUUGCCGCAAUCCUGAGAUUCCCGAAAUAUCACCGAGCGGUCAGUACAGGGUGGCGCCGCUCGAGAGCUACCUGGUCUUUCAGGCAUUCAUGUUCGAGAACAUGAAGGAGACCGACGAAAUGGUAGUCAGCGUCAAGGUGAUGGGAUGUCUUGAGGGCGAGGACUGCAGUCUCAACUGUCCGAAGGAGCAUACAAGACGAGCAAGGAGUCCGACUGGCCUCGACACGGACGCCAAAGCCAAUGUCACUGACUGGCAGAGUGACAUUGCUUUCAAGGUAGUCAAAAGAGCACCGGAAAACGAUUCGAGAACUUAUAGACCGGACGAUGCUCAGCUGAUCGUACCCUACGUCUUGACCGUCUUCGUUCUUGUGAUCAGCGUUGGCUUGCUCUGUGUUGUCAAGACGUUGCUGAAGCAGAGAUCGGUGACAAGGAAAUAAGUAUCAUUUUUACCGCAAAUUGUGGUAGCAGACUGAGUUAUGGACACUUUUGUAGAAAAUUCUGAUAAAAUGCAUUCACAAUCGCACUGAGGCUGUAUUUUCAUCUUUCUAGUAUAGGUUGAAGUACAGAUGAUGAUGGGAAUUCACUUGCUGCAACAUAAGAUCCCCGCUUUAAUUUAAUUGAAAAUUAGAAUGACUAUUUUUAU